GACCGGGAGGGACGCCCGCGGGUGCUUAAAUUGAGGGGACUGCCAGGCGGCUGGGACGGCACCGGCACCGGCACCCCGGCCGGACGGCUGGCCUAGGGGCUGGACACGAGUUGCCGUGCCCACAAAUUGCCGUCCCCACAAGUUUCCGUGCCCACAAGUUGCCACCCAGCUUGCCUUCCCCACACCUGUGCUGUCCCCCCUCCUAUGCGUCAGGCCACCACCUCGCCUGAGGCGGUGGGUUCAGCCGGGCCUGGCAGAGAUGGAGUGGAAAUUAGAGAAAUCUGCUGUGACGAGGACGAGGACGGAUGAGGAUUUGCUAUGGGAAAAGGUGAUGAGAACGCUCGGAAAAGACCUGAAGCGGAGCAGAGAGCAAAGCCUACAGAAAGUGACCGAGGCCGCCGCCUCAGAGAGGACCGCGUACUCGAGGUUUAAGAGCUCCAUUACGAGGAAGCUGGUAGCCAGGGGCCCUGUGGCGAGCAGCCCUAUUGUCACAAGAUGGCAGCAGCUGCACGCAGGAGGCCGCGCUGAGGAGCCGCGCGGGGCCUGCAGGGCCCACCGUAGUGCCCUUGGGGGCUCCCAGCCCACCAAUACACCUGGGAAGACUCCAGUGACACCUCAGAUGCCUAAGAAACUCUUCAUGAGGAAAACUGCUGUGACUCUACCCUGCAGUCACACUGCAGAAGGCUUAGGAUGGAGAAAUAAUAGGAGAACUAGAAUGGGAAAGAAACAGAAAUGUUCUACUCAGCUUCCAGUGAUCCAGGAGGUUGGAUGUAGCAUGGUCAAAAGUGUAGACAUGAAGGUCUGUGAAAAUAGCAGUUGCAUCUGGAAAGGAUGCCAAGAAAGGACACAGAAUGAGUUUAGAGCUGUUACCACCAUGAAGCCACCCAUGCCACUGGAGCCAGAAGUGAGGCUUCAUAUUGCUGGUUUGCGUGAUGAUUACUAUCUAAACAUACUGGACUGGAACCUUGAAAAUCUCAUUGCUGUUGCUGUAGGACCUGCUGCACAUAUCUGGAAUGGAAGAACUCUUCAAGGCAUUGAAAGCAUUGAUUUGAAUUCCUGUUCCAAGUACAUUUCAUCUCUGGCUUGGAUAAAAGAAGGAACUUGCCUUGCAGUUGGCACUAGUGAUGGAGAAGUGCAACUGUGGGACGUUGAAACCAAAAAGAGGUUGAGAAAUAUGUUUGGUCACCUGUCUGUAGUUGGUGCUCUGAGCUGGAAUCAUUAUAUUCUGAGCAGUGGUUCACGACUAGGAUCUAUUCAUCAUCAUGAUGUUCGGGUUGCUCAGCACCACAUUGGGACUCUUUGCCAAAACAAACAAAGCAUUUGCAGCCUGAAAUGGUCACUAACUGACCAGUUGCUCGCAAGUGGAUCUAAUGAUGGUACAUUGAAUAUCUGGCCUAGUGACCCUGGUAUGAAAGUGCAGUCACAGCCAUUGAAGACAAUACCUCAUUCUUCAGCAGUUAAGGCUAUGAACUGGUGUCCUUGGCAGUCCAAAGUCCUUGCUACAGGGGGUGGAAUGAAAGAUGGGAUUUUGCGUGUCUGGGACAUAAACCGUGAGAAAAUCAUCCAAAGUGCAGCUACAGAUUCUCAGAUUUGUUCCUUGCUCUGGUUACCCAAAACCAGUGAACUGAUGACUGGACAAGGCCUUCCUGGAAAUCAGGUGAAAAUAUGGGAGUAUCCCAUGCUUGUCAAUUCAUCGGAACUCUAUGGUCACAAAGGGAGAGUCCUGCAUAUAGCCCUGAGCCCAGAUCAGAGCAGGCUCUUUUCAGUUGCGGCUGAUGGGAUAGCUUGUCUGUGGAAAUGCCACGAGUCUGGGAAGAGCAAGCACAGCAGCAAGCUUUUUUAUAAUGGUUAUUAGAGCUCAUUCCUGUGACUUCUUUUCCUUGAAAGCAAAUGAUUAAAUGUAUUUCAUCCAUUCAAUAAAAUUCAAAAUAUGUGUGUUCCUUCCAACUGAAA